GCCGUGCAGACGUCGCAAUCGGGGAAGUCCGGAAAGUUCGGCUUCGGACACAAGGGUGGAUCUGGCACCGAAGGCACCUGGAAUGCUGGAGGAGGAGGUGGCGCAGGUGAGGUCGGUGAAUCUGGCACUAGCAGCCACUGCGGCGAUGGCG